CUUCCAAACCCAAAGGAUGAUCCAACCCAAUCAUCUCCCACCAGUCGACAUAGACCUGAGCACCUACAUCAGCGACGGCGAAGACCAUGCACCUGCCGACAAGAAAAAGCUAUCAGAUACCCAUUGCCUCACCUUCCUCACCCGCGUCUUCAACAACAACGGCUCAGCCAUGGAGUUCUGGGGUAUGCCUUCCCUUCAUCAUUUACCCUCCCUCUCCACCCAUCCAUUCCAUCUUCCUCUCGAAGGCUUUUGGUGUUCUUCCUGAUCGAUAAUAUCCAGGCCGUCGCGUCAGAUUCACCGCGCUGUGUCCAGGUUACUCAAUGUACCGGGGCCACCCUCACACAUAUCCCGACUUCGAGCAAGAAAGAAGAGUCUGGGGCCAUCCGUGCGGCAAGCCUUUUCCCAGUAUGGGUGUUUUCGCCAUUCACGUCAGAGCCGUCAUCGAAGAAUAUCUCAGACGGUGUAGAUGUUGGCUAUGUGAUGCUCCCGAUACAGAGAGCGAUCCAAGUUAUGUGAAGGGACCGUUCGAUCUGGCAAAGAUGAGGAGAGAGGGCAUUAGUUUGGAGGAGGUGAGAAGGAAGGACAAAAGGCUAAGAAGAGUGGGAAGCACGGAGAUAAUACCAAAAAGAGCAGGAAGGGCGUGGAGCAUAAACCGUACCUUGUCCGUCGCCGCGGAUAGACCAAUUCACUUCCUACUCACGUCCGAGCAACGGACAUGGAAGCAAAAAGCAGACCUUACUGUACUAAUCACACCAACCAAGGUGAAAGCUUCCCAACAGUCAGGGGCGGAUGUGAUUGGUCUGAUGAGAGUGAACGAAGCUCUCCAACAGAUGUACCUUCCAAGUUUGAUGAGAAAAGGCUCCACUGUUCUCUCUUUGGAGUCUUUGGACAUCCACGUCGAGUUCAAAAUCAUCUUGCCUUUUGACAGGAAGUCAGUCCGUGCCUGAGGAGGUUGAGAUGAACCUUUGGUACUGGUGCGAAUCAUCUUCCCCUAUGACAGCAAGGUACCUGUCGAUGUAGCUCAGACUGUAACUCCUC